AUGACCCUGGACGAUAAUGAGCUUAUGCAGCCUCUCGUUGGUGCACAGACAGAAGUCACGCCGUCGCUUAGCGCCAACGAAAAUCACAUGAUAUGUGACCCUCCAAUGAAUGAGAAUGCGGAAGAGGAAAAGGAAGAUGCACCGCGAGGUCAGAGUAUCCGUCCACAGCAGGGACAACAGAAGCUUCCAUAUGCAGCGCUGAAUAUACAUCCUUACGCCGUACCCCAGUAUCAGCCACAAGGCUACGGUGGCGGUUCUACUUCUGGUUGGGGAGGAGGCCAAGACGACGAAAGUGAGGAAAAAUCGAUCACGGUGGACAUAGUUUUCAGUGGCAUGUACACAUUGGCUGCUGCGCUUACUAUCAUUCAGGGUUUCGGCAUGCUCAUUUACUUUACAUAUGCUUCCGUUUCUUUGGGCCUUUACACCAUGGCUUUCGGUACAGCAGUUAUCAUGUAUGACCUCAAAUCGGUGGUAAAUGGCGUGAGCGUGGAGCUGUACUUGCCAUUUCUAGGCAGCUACAUUGGCCGCGCGGUGACAAUCUUCUUCUUUGCAGUGUUAAGUGCGCAGACGUACCAAUACGCUGGAUGGACCAAGUUCAUCGUGCUGUACAAUUUGUUGGUCGCUUCACUGCAAGGAUUCGUAUUUCUUACGACGAAGACUGUGUCACAAAACCAGCCGCAGCUGGAUGAUAUCCCUGACUUGUAG